AUGCAUGGUCCUUCAAGUCCUACCGGCCAACUUGUUAACGUCUCGGACCGACCGAGUUUGUGUAUGAGUGUGCGAGGCAAUGAAGCAUGCAUAGGUUCAUCAGAUCAUGCACUGUACAUCGUUGACUGUGAGAAAUGUACCUUAAAACGAUCACUCUAUGGAAAACAGUAUGGCCACACCGAGUGGGUUACAUGCUGCGACUAUCUGAAAGACGGACGGAUUCUUAGUGGUGGCAUGGAUGGGAAACUGUGCCUCUGGGAUAAGAACGGAAUACGAACAAUUGACCUCCUGGGUCACAUGGCAUCAAUAUCUGCAGUAAGAUCUGGAGCAGAAGGCUCACUAGCUAUAAGUGCAAGUUAUGACAAGACUUUGAUGCUAUGGAAUGUCAACCGUUCGCAAACAAAGAAUGCAGCAUGCCUCAAAGGGCACAAAGCUCCGGUGCUUGGGUUUUGCCUGAGCUCCCAGGGGGCCAUUGUGAGCGGCUCACGUGAUGGUGAUGUCAUCCUCUGGGACACUGCACACGCCACACCCCUCCUCCAUGUGAGCAGUGCUCACAAGGGCCAUGUAACUGCAGUCGAGUGCCUGGAGGACACCAAAAAUAAAACUUGGGAGGAAUGCCGAGAGAUGUACCUGACCGGCGGCCAAGAUGGAAUUCUCCGAGCUUGGGAUUUCCGAACGCGAGGGCCUGUACACUCGGCGGUGCUGCAUAGAAAUGCAGUUACAAAAGGCGCUGUCAACAGCAUCGCUGUGUCUUAUACUGCCUGUGGAAGUGGACCAAUUGUUGUGACAGCUGGUGCAGACAACUCGAUGAAAGUCUUAGAGCCACGCAUGGGAUUCAAGGCCCUUCACACAAUCUGCACCCAUCGCGACUUCAUCUACAGUUUGUAUGUAGCUGGGCCAUUGGUGUGGAGUGGUAGCGGGGAUGGGUCAUUGUUGGUGCAUGAGCUGCUCACGGGCCAAUGCUUGUACGGUCUGGGGGCUGACUCCAAAGGUGCAGUGAGGUGUAUAUCUCUCGCUGGUCCUGACCGCCUUGUUGUAGCAGGGGACGAUGGAAAUGUGAUGAUAUACAAAGUCUCGAGCUGUGAUUCAAAGACAAUACUUCCCACAGAACACUUUCAAUCAUAAAUACAGCCAAAGCAUUCAUAAA